GCAAAGGUCAACAGCGUCCGUGUCUGUGCGCGGGAGAUCUUGAGGCUGCAAAAUUAUCUGCGAUACGAUAAGGAGCGAUGAGCCGCGGUGCCGUCUCGGCAGCGACGUGAUCCAAACUCUCCCUCCAUCGUCUCCGCUGUCGUACGGCACGCUGUUUACGGGCACGCUGCACGACAUCGCUGCGCCAUGAGGCCUUCCAACGCUGGCGCAAGCCUACUCUUCCUGCUGGCGGUUGUGGGCGUUGUCGUAGCCGCCAAAGGAAAGGCGACCCAAGCGCCCCUGGACUGCGCCGAGCCGGACUGCUCGGGCAAGGACUGCAAGACCAAGACGGGCAGCGACGGCUGUCUGGUCUGCGAAUGCGGUACCUCCUGUCCCACGCUGGUCUGCGGACCCGGUUGCCGUCCCGAGGUCAACGUCACCCAAGACCGCUGCCCCGAGUGCACCUGCGAUGGAGAUUCUCUCGUCGACGGAGGACAUCGUAACUGUCCAGAAGUUCAGUGCCCGGCAGACUGCGAGAAAGAACAAGUCAUCCCUCCACACAGGUGUCCCUGGUGCCUGUGCCAUCCGAUCACUGCCAGAAAAACGCUUGAGAAGUUCGGUGAAAGGCACUGCCCUCGGGAACUCAUGGAGAUGCUGUUCAGACAGGCUGACGGUCUCUUCAAGCACACUCAGAUCCUGCGCGAACAACUUCACUACCAGGACCUUGCCGUCAGGACAUUGGACGGCAAUAUCACAGGAGGCGAUCCCCUUGCUUCCGGUCUCAAGCCAGGAUGCAGCAACCCCGAAUGCACUGGCAAAGACUGCAGGCUCGUGCCUGGAGAGGACGGCUGCCCCCACUGCUCGUGUGGCGAAGGGGCGGUCUCGGAGGCUGAGCGUGGCGGGCGCAAGAUCUGUCCGGUGCCCGGCUGUGCGGGGGAGCGCUGCCGGACGGCCCCGGGUCUGCACGGCUGUCCCGUCUGCCAGUGCGACCCGGCCUGCCCCGCACUCGCCUGCGGACUCAACUGUCAGCAGGAGACGAACGUCCCCCACGGACGCUGCCCCGAAUGCAUCUGCGAAGUUCUAAGGUCCAAGGACAAGGAUGUCAAGAACGCGUUAGCAGACAAAGCCCACCGUGUGCAGAAACGGAAAAGCCAGAAAGACGACAGCUCGGAAGAGAGCAAAGAAUCUGACGAGAAGAAGUCGCACAGCGUGCAGAGACGCCACGGUGACCGCGAUGACAGUUCCGAGGAAGCAGAUAAAGACAACGUUGGAGAAGCAGCGAGCACCACGUCGCCACUGACGACUCUCAAAACUGACUCGGGAUCCCGAAGACGACGUUAUGAUCCCCUGGGACACCUCGGAAACGACACGCGCCCACGGGUUGCAAGGCGAGUCGACCACACCGACGAUGUCCUUAACGUCACCGCUCAAGUACAGCUUUCACCUUUAAAGCGAGACGCCGUUCCUGAAGCUGGUCAGGUGCAGUGCGUGGUCCCCGUGUGCGAACCCUACUGCAAGCAGAGGCCGGCGGAGCACGGCUGCCUGGUGUGUGACUGCCCGGACGUGUGCCCGGACAUCGUGUGUGGCGCCGGGUGCCAGCCCUACUUCACGGACGCCAGCAGAUGCGAGCGAUGUGUCUGCAAUCCACAUGCGGGGCGCGACCAAAUGGCAGACGUGUUCGCUUCGUACUGCUCGGAGCCCACUCUGCAUAGGAUGAUCGCCGACUUCGGUGCUUUAGAGAGGAUGAUGCAUGAUGUGCAGCAGCAGAGCUUCCACCAUCAGCACCUCAUCACCAGGGCCGAGCAAGCCCGCGGCAUCCAUGGUCCUGCGUCGGAAGAGCUGAAGGCUCUCUUUGCGAGGCAGCAGUACGAGAGGCAUCACGAACCUCACCGUCCGCAACACGCGCACGUGACUCCGUUGCCGCACCAGCCGUACCAGACCGAGGAACCGAGCAAGCCGCCCCACAGGGCCCACAAGAAGCACGGCGGUCGUCGUGCCAAGCAAGACGGCAACCGCUCGUCAUAAGGCGCACGGCACAUCGCCUAUACUGCCGCCCUCCGUGUUCAGUGUUCCACCUCCGAACAUAUUCGUUCUUAAGACGAAAGCUGACCCAGUUGCACGGUUUGAAUUCCUCACUAAAAGCGAAAGAUGUGUAAGCCCACAAUACGAAAGACCCAUUCGCCGGGGCAGUUUAUGCGGCGGUGCUAAGCACAUUUGUUUCUCAGAGGAACUAUACUUUUAGAAAAAUUAUUUUCUUACCCCUGGCAAUGUGGACCGGCUAAGGCGAAUCCAGCAGAGGCCCCUUAAACUGCCCCGUUGAAUGGGUCUUUCAUAAAAUUGGAGACUGUACAUUCGCCUUCGAUAUGACGGUGAACACGCGAGCAUCGGUCCUAUCGGCGCGGCCAGCGCCUUGAAGCGGCAACUUAGCAAAUAAAACGACGGUUGGUACUUUG